GGCCUUCUGAUUCCCACAUUCGGCUUUUGCUCUUAUUAUUGUUGUGGCGUAUGUGGCUGCGUGUUCUUCACUGCCCAAUCUGCUUCGAAUAGCUUCAACUUCUUCGUAGAUUCUCCUUAAUUGUUGUUUCCAUUUGACAAAACACAAAGUUGAAAUUCUCAGAUGGCUUCAAUAGUAGUAGCUAAGCUGCAUCCUCCUCCGCCCGCCAUCACUGGUAGACAAACCCUUUUCGGAACUGUUCACACAUCUACUCUUUUCGUACCCACCAAAAGACAAGGUCACCUGGCCAUAACAGCAAAGGCUACCAGUGAAUCUGAAUCCUUAUCCUCCCCAAGUGUAGUUAAAUCAGUAAAGAAUGUUUGGGACAACCCUGAAGACCGGAUUGCUGUAAUUGGGUUGGGAAUUGCUGCUAUUGUUGGUUUCUGGGCUUCUUCGAAUUUUGUCGCGGCAAUCGACAGCCUGCCUCUCAUUCCAGGUGUAUUUGAAUUCAUCGGGAUAUUGUUUUCUUCUUGGUUCGUAUACAGAUACCUCUUAUUCAAGCCCAACAGGCAAGAAUUGUUUCAAGGGAUCAAUAAAUCAAUAUCAGAUAUCUUGGGGCAGUAAUCUGAAAAUAAUAGGAUGAUACAAUUCAUGUUGUACUUCUGUAUCCAAGCAUUACCAAAAUGCUGAAUCAUUUUACAGAUGAAAUGAUAUCUUCAGAAAUGAGCAACAUUUUUUUUUCCUCAUAUACCACUUCUUACAUCUAUAAUUUGUUAAUAU